AUGGGUCGACUGUCCAACUCCGAUAUUCCUCUCGAGUCUGCCCACCACGGCGAUCGACCUCCAUCGUAUGACGAUGUGAUCGACCCGUCAACCUCAACCCUAGUCGAAACCUCCAUUCCUGGCGCUCGGGAUGUCGUUUGGGAUGGGAAGCCCGGUACCGUGACACUGUCGUCAUCGCUCACUGAGAGCCCGCGCAGGCUGUACCACCUUAUUGCCCAGCAAGCCCAGCUGCCACCGCGGCAAUAUAUCCACAUCAAGGGUUCCAAGGGCAGCGAGACGGAUUUCAAUUUCUCGCUCGACUUGACGCCUACCUUGCUGCAUCUCAGCGAGGAUAAUAGGGAGUGGCACGAACUUCGCGUUGUUCGCGACGGGGACGGCCAGGAAGCGUUUCGUGGUGGGAUUUAUCCCUGUCUUCAGUGGGAGGAACCCUCCCGUCUCAAAGACCUUCGUGAGACGACGGACUUAGAGGAUGGGAACGAGGAUUCAGAGGAUCAAACUCUUCUAGGUGCGGCCGUGGAUGGCUCGAACGAAGGCACCCCUACUCUGAUGGGCUGGUGUGAACGCUUCUGUCGCGAUCCUGCUGCAGUCAAAUCGUUUACCUUCACACGAGAGAUAAACGGAUUCGAGGUUGAGCGUAUGCGCUCCGAACUCAGGUCGUACCUUCGUUCGCUCAACUACCGCGGUCAAAUUGAAAUCAAAGCCUCCAUUCCGAACGGAUUCGUCACUGUCUACUCGCCGCAUUGGAUCAACCGACUGCGGAACAACUCGUUCGUCUGGUGGCUUUGCGUUCUCCUACAGCUGUGGAUUGUGAUGUGGCCGGUGAUAAUAGUGCUCGAGAAACGCUACGAGGUCGUGCAAUCAGUGUGGAGGUCCUCCCACGAGGUUGAGGAUUCUACUACCCCGUCCGGGCGGAGGAAGAUCUAUGCGCAUGGGCGCGAUGAGGCGAAACUAGCAGACUUCUGGGCAGCCGCAGUUAUGCAGGUAGCGUGGGACCAACAGGACGGCGGCGAAAUUCUAACGGAGGAGGACCUGCCGCGUCUCGAGCGGCGAGGACAGGAACGCAUGGAACGGAUGGAACGGAUCGGAUGGUCAGUGCCACCGGAUCGAAAUGGAAUGGCGGCUGGUGCCACAGCUGAGGAUACACAGACCGGUAGGCGUGGUCCUGUGAUUCCCGGCGUGGGCCCUGGAGGGUACAAUUUCCAAGCUGGAUGGGGUGGGCAUUCCCUUUCGACGAGCUCAUAG